UUGCAGUACUUGGCCUCCCACACCAGAACUUGUUCUUUAAACUUAAGGCAUGGAAUUUUACAACGCUAAGGAGCUGAAACUCGUCGCCUUACUUGCUCUCUAUGUUUUUCUAAUCUCUCCGGCGGUGGCAUAUGAUCCGUUGGAUCCGACUGGGAACGUGACAAUAAGAUGGGAUAUCAUGUCCUGGACUUCAGAUGGAUAUUUGGCCACAGUGACAGUAUUCAACUUUCAGUUAUACCGAAAUAUCAUGAACCCAGGGUGGUCAUUAGGGUGGACAUGGGCGAAAAAAGAGAUCAUAUGGACAAUGGUGGGAGCACAGGCUACAGAACAAGGAGACUGCUCCAAGUUCAAGUUAAAAAUUCCACAUAGCUGCAAGAGGAAUCCUCAAGUGGUGGAUUUGCUUCCAGGAGCUCCUUACAAUAUGCAGUAUCAAAACUGCUGUAAAGGGGGUGUCUUAACAUCUUGGGGACAGGAACCUACGGCUGCGUUCUCGGCUUUUCAGAUUGCUGUUGGCCAAUCUGGCACUUCCAACAAGACUGUGAAACUCCCUAAGAACUUCAAGUUUCUAGGACCAGGACCAGGAUACUCCUGUGGCCCUGCCAAGGUUGUUCCAUCCACUGUCAUCCUCACAGAUGAUCUUAGGCGCAAAACUCAAGCACUGAUGUCCUGGAAUGUGACAUGUACCUACUCCCAAUUUCUUGCCUCCAAGAACCCAAGUUGCUGUGUUUCAUUCUCAUCUUUCUACAGUGAUAAAAUCACACCUUGUCCAACUUGUGCUUGUGGUUGUCAGAAUAAUGAUACCUGUGUCCCGAGCGGCUCAAAGAUACCACAAGAAGAUGAAAAGAAAACUCCCAAGAAGGAUAACCCACCAUUGUUACAAUGCACACACCACAUGUGCCGUGUCAGGGUGCAUUGGCAUGUGAAGUUCAACUAUCAUGACUAUUGGAGAGCCAAGAUCGCAAUCAUCAACUUCGACUAUCGAAAUAACUAUACUCAGUGGACUCUUGUUGCACAGCAUCCCAACCUCAACAAUGUCACCCAAGUCUUCAGCUUUGAAUACAAGCCCGUUCUUCCUUAUGAAUCCAUAAAUGACACAGGCAUGUUCUACGGCUUGAAAUACUACAAUGACAUGUUGAUGCAAGCUGGGCCUCUGGGGAAUGUUCAGUCUGAGGUUCUCAUGAAGAAGGACAAGAACACUUUCACGCUCAAGCAAGGAUGGGCAUUUCCCAGGAAGGUCUACUUCAAUGGUGACGAGUGCAUGCUGCCACCUCCAGACUCGUAUCCUACCUUGCCAAAUUCUGCUAAUAAACUAUUAACAAGUGUCUCAUUCAUGGCAGUCUAUGUGAUUUUUACCAUAUUUUUUCAUAUAGUGAUGACUGUAGUACAUUGACGCAGUAGCGUGGGACAACUUAGCUGGGAAAUAUGUAAGACGGACGGAGAACAAACGGAUUUAUCUGAUAUAUAAGCUAGAAUCUCCUAAGAUUUUGAGUUA